ACAUCUCACCAUAGGAUAUUGCUACCGAUUGGCACAGCUCCCUACUUGAAAAUAUAAAAAUAAACAAAUGUUAACAGUUGAAAAAAGUUUUUGCUAGCGGUAGUUGCGGACAACGCAGGCAUCAGUACGUAGUGAAGUGAAAUUGCACAAUAACCAUAGGAUAUUGCUACCGAUUGGCACAGCUCCCUACUUGAAAAUAUAAAAAUAAACAAAUGUUAACAGUUGAAAAAAGUUUUUGCUAGCGGUAGUUGCGGACAACGCAGGCAUCAGUACGUAGUGAAGUGAAAUUGCACAAUAAUGGAAAUGGAGCUAUUUAUGAAGUGCUUAAAAUUCGCAGCACACAAACAUCGAAAUCAACGUCGGAAGAAUCUUUCUGAAACACCUUAUAUUAAUCAUCCCAUCAAUGUGGCUUUUAUUCUAUCAGGAGAGGCUCAUAUAAACGAUAAUGCCGUUUUAAUGGCAGCACUACUUCAUGACACUGUAGAAGAUACAGAUACCACAUUCAACGAAAUAGAGAAUUUAUUUGGCCCUGAAGUAUGUUCUAUCGUGCGAGAGGUUACUGAUGAUAAAUCACUGCCGAAAGAUGUUCGAAAGCAAUUGCAAAUUGAACAUGCGUCUAAUUCGAGUAUGGAAGCAAAACUUGUUAAAUUAGCAGAUAAACUGGAUAAUUUGAGAGAUCUCCAGACAACAUUACCGAAUAGUUGGACAGAGGAACGUCGUGAACACUACUUUAUCUGGGCUAAGAAAGUAGUAGACAAUUUGCGGGGAACAAAUAUUUAUUUGGAAGCACAAUUAGAUGACGUAUUCAGGGCACGUAAAAUGAUUUAACUAACGUCAUCACUUUAUAAACAAUAUUUGUGUAUUUAUGAAAUAAAUAAUUUUGUGUUUUUUA